AUGGAGAAUGAAAAGCAGACGAGUUUCACGUUGGAGAUAGACAACUUCUCGGAGAAAGAAGCAUUGAUACAAUCACCAAAUUUCUUAAGCGGCGGCUGCGAGUGGUUUGUUAACGUUUAUCCCAAAGGAAAAGGUAUUGACGAUCAUCUGUCUCUCUUCGUCCAUGUUGCCAAUCAUGAAUCAUUGCGACUUGGAUGGAGAAGACGAGCCAUUCUUUCCUUUGUUCUAUUGAAUCAAUCAGGCAAAGAGCUCUACCGAAAAGAUGAUUGGCCGUGCAAAUUAUUCUGCGCUGAGCUCAGAGCAUGGGGUUUUCCAAAGUUCGUGCCUCGUAAACAGCUUCAAGGAAAAGGGUUUUUGGAGAAGAACAAACUGAUCGUUAAAGUGGAAAUAAAAGUUGUUGAAGUUGUUGAUGAAGGCGAUGCAACUGGGAAUGGGACGUUGGAUUACAAUGGUUUCCAAGUUCUUCAUUCUCAGGUUUUAUCAGUGAGCUGGAUUUUCGUGAAGUACCCGGACGUUGCAGUAAAUGUCAAACAAAAGAACCAACAGCUGAAGACAACAUACAUGAAUAUCCUCCUCGAUCUUAAGAAGACGCUGGACAAGCAUUCACAUUGCAUCUCCGAGACUGAGCUAAGCAACGCUGGCAGCGACUUGAUCGAUCUAACGGAAGCAGGAUUCAAGCUAGACUGGUUGAAGACAAAGCUUGAUGAGGUUUCCUUGGAGAGGAAGAAAUCGAAUGGUGGUCGAGUCCAAGAACUUGAGAAAGACAUCAAGAAUCUCAACCUUGAACUGAACAAGGAGAAGGCCACGUCUGCUUCUUCUGCUGCUAAAGUUUCGUCGUUGGAGCACACGGUGUCGGAUCUCAAAGAUAAGCUGAACAUGAAGGAGGCCAAGUCUUGUUCUCCUAAACACUGUCUUUUUCAUUCAUGGAAAGCUGACCAGGAGACGUCAAGGCUUUCUCAGGUUGAGGAAAAUCAUGGAAAGUUGAACCGGAAGCUUGAAUCAGAUGUUGAGGAUUCGCAUGUUGAAGCUUCUAUCUAUGGAGAUUUGUAUUGGUCUAUUGCGGGAGAGUUUGUGAACCAGAUUCAGUGUGCAAAAGAAGAGUAUGAUAGAGAAGCCUCUUAA